UCUUUUGGGACAGCGUCGUCACACAUCAUCUCAAUAGAUUCACCAACUGGGGAAACUAACUCACCUGCAACCUUUCCAACCAAAUAACCCCUACAUUUUGACUACUGCCAAACUGACAUGGAGACCCAGCAAAGACACGGACACCAAUCAAUUUGCCACACCUGCCAGAGAACGGAGAGCAGCAGAAUGAAGGUCAAGAAGAUGUCUUCGUCCAGUCGCGUGCUGCUGUUUGCACUGGCCCUCGCGCUCUACGCUGUGGAAAUAGCCUCGGCGGAGACGCUGUGUGGGGGAGAGCUGGUGGAUGCGCUGCAGUUUGUCUGUGAAGACAGAGGCUUCUAUUUCAGUAGGCCAACCAGCAGGGGGAACAACCGGCGCAACCAGAACCGUGGGAUUGUAGAGGAGUGUUGUUUCCGUAGCUGUGACCUCAACCUGCUGGAGCAGUACUGUGCCAAACCCGCCAAGUCCGAAAGGGACGUGUCGGCCUCCUCUCUGCAGGUCAUACCAGUGAUGCCCGCACUAAAACAGGAAGUCCCAAGGAAGCAGCAUGGGACCAUCAGGUAUUCCAAAUUCGAGGUGUGGCAGAGGAAGGCGGCCCAGCGGCUCCGGAGGGGCGUCCCCGCCAUCCUGAGGGCCAAAAAGUCUCGGAGGCAGGCUGAGAAGAUCAAGGCCGAGGAGCAGGCAGUCUUCCACAGGUCCCUGAUCAGCCUGCCCAGCAAACUGCCGCCUGUCUUGCUCGCCACGGAGAACUAUGUCAACCACAAAUGAGCCCGCUGCCAGCCCUUUGCACAGGCAAGAGUUUCGAGGAAGAAAAAAAGACUAGGGGAUUAUAGCUUUGUCUCUGACGUCAUUUCUGUGGCAGUCCUCUUUGACCUCCCCUGCCCUGUCCGAGCCCACCAAUCCCUCCCCCUGCUCUCAUCCACUACUUCUUGACCCCUGGCCCCUUUUCAAAUGCCCCCCCCCCCACCCAACCCAACCCCAACCCAACCCCAACCCCAACCCCAAACCACAACCACAACCACCUACCCUCCUCCGGCACACAAACAUGCCUUCACAUUCUUCCUGUCUGAACUCUUUCGCUCCCUCUCUCUUUCAGUCACUGACACAAAAAGGCACAAACAAAAACGAUGAACAAAAGUUAACAAUUCGGCUGAAUGCAAUUCAGGUGGAUCCUUAAGCAAGAGAGAAAAGGGAAGGGAGAACAGAGAGAGAAAGAGAUCUGUGGUUUGCAAGUGUCAAGAGGACACCCAGCGGAAUGUUUUUUGUCUUUGUGGAAGACAACUGAAGUGAAGAGCAGCUUGCAUGAAAGAAUCCAUUCCACAUCAUUUUUCUUGAGGCAAAAAGAAAAUCUCUGUUAGUUCUUUUUCUUAUUAGUUUGCACCUCUACCUAUAAAGGGACUUCCACACUGUAAGGAAUUAUUUUGUAAAAAUUAGAUUCCUGCUCCAGCACCUUUUGAUCACAAACAAAAAGCAGAAAAGAGUCUGCAAAAUUGCACAUUGCCACGGAUUACGUCAAAGUAAAAGAAAAAAAUGGCACUAUUUUUUUAUGAACAAUGAACGUGUAGCUUAAAAAAAUGACAUGGUGCUAACUUUGGGAAUGGACUCAAAGAAGAAGUUGAAAAGCACGUUUUUUUUUCUUUGAAUGAAUAUUAAAACUUUCCGUUUUAAGGAAAGUGUGACUUUUGAAAAAAGGAAGAUAAAGGAUAUGGUGGAGCUCCUGGCAGUGGCAAUGUCAAGGGGGGAAGUGUCACUGAGAAAAUAAAUGGGCUGUAUCGGCAUCUAGGCUCACAGCGAGUGCCGCGGCCGCUCAUCACUAGCUUGCCAGCGUAAGCGGCAAGGGGGACCUGAAACCCAGUCCCUGUUCUUCCUGUCCCUGGCAGACACAGGGAGCAGUGGGGGACAUAUGGGACACCGUGGACCGCCUGGAUUUGGACAGUACUACAGUUCUGGGACAGAACUUCCUGUUUGCCAUGGUUUUGCAGACUGCUCUCGCAGGAAGUAACUUGGAAUGGACAAAGAACAAGUGGGAUAAUGAUGAUUAUAUUUGAUUGUGUCUUUUAUCUGUUUUCUUUUCAUAUCAAUGUUUCAAUGAACAAAAAAAGGAAAACCCCGUCAGUUUCUGUACCGUGACAUUCCUGUUUUUCCAAGUUAGGCUUUUCUUUUGUUUCCAUGGUUAUGUUAUAAUGUUAUUUUACAGUUCUAAAGAAAGGCACAACAUUUCAAUUCAAAGGGAAAAAAACAGCAAUAAUGUCAACUAACAUUUUAUUUUUAUUGUAUAUCAGUAGUAUUCACAUGCUUUUGCCUGAAAAACAAUACUUGAACAUAUAUAUCUAUAUGUGUAUAUAUACAAUCUAUAUAUCUAUAUUUAUUUAUAUAUAUAUACAUACAUAUAUAUAGAUAGAUAUAUAUAGAUAUAUAAUUAGUUUCCAGGGACGUUGUGUUAUUUUCCUUUAGUCUGAGCUGUAUCUUGCGUAAUGAGCCGCCAAGCUUUUUUGUUUGUUUGUUGAAAUACAAAUAAGGGCACUGUAUAAAGGCAUUAUUUAUUUUGUUAUAAAAUAUAUUUGAAAAUUGGUCCAAAUAAUAUACGUAGCACUGAUGCUCAACUGACGGAUUUAUUUUGUAUGAUCUCUGUUUUCCAAUUGGAGUUGUAAGGCUUUUUUGUAGAUUGCUUUGUACCAAAAAUAAUGUCUUUUUUUUCCUUUUCCGUUUGCCAUAGUUACUUUAAAUUAAUAUUUUAACAGCAGCAUAGCCUGGAUUGCUUAGGCGUGUUAUGUCAUAGGAAUAGGCACAUACUCUGAAUACAUUGAUCUGCAUGGAUUUCCAGAAGCCUGUCAGGGUUUAAUCUGUGAAAAAGAAAGCAUAAAUGAAUGACUUUUUAUUAUUGGAAAAAUAACUGUUCAACAUUGAUUGUACUCAAACCCACUAUGUUUUGAAGCCACUUUAGUAUUGAUGGCGUGAGAAAUGAUCAGUCCUUCAUUAAAUCAUGUCUUUGUAAUUGUACAUGGUGUCCUAUGAUCUUCUAAAGAGCAUCUUGCCUACGUGCCAGUGCCACUGAUUUUUUUCGCGUGUUGGUUUGGGUCACGAGGCUGUAGCUGUCCGGUCAGUUGUAGAUUUUAGUGGUUAGCUUACACGUGACUUACACGAGUCAUUGUGUUGAUGCCUUAUUGGAGGUAAUGAUGUUGCUAUGAUGCUAGUAGUCAUCAAAGGUCACCCAAAGGUCAUUGUCUAUUAAGGAGAGAGCAUACCACCGCUUUAAACCUCACUGUCUGUCUGUCUGUCUUCUUUCUUCUCUGUUUGUAAAAGACAAUGAACUGAUCCGUACGCAUCAACAGUAUGUAUUGCAUGGCGAGGGGGAGCAGGGUGGUUUAGCCUGCCAUUUACCCCUCCACAAUAAUCCAAUAACCCAUCCAUUAUGCAUUUGAUGAGGGACUAUCACAAACUGAACCAUUUCUGAAGCACUCAGGAAAAAAAACUAAACAGUCUAUGUUUCUCCGAGGGAGAAGUGCAGUAGUUUCCGAGUGUCAGUGGUAAUCGUGUUGUGGAAGGGCAGCUGAGGUUGUUUCCCUUACCUGGCCACAAUGAUUUAGCUCUUUGUGAAAAAACCACUGAAGCCCAUGUCAGAAAACAAAGUCAUUCUGUGGCACAAUAUAGUUCUCCUCCGCUAUUGUGUCGUGCAUCAUGAUGAAGAGUCAAGCCAAUACUUUAAAUCUUCUUCUGUCAGAGAGAUCUGAACUAUCAAGGCUGCGUCCUGUCUCUAAUUAAUUCUACUUCAGUUGUGCAACAAAGCAGGCAGUGCAAUUAUUAUUAUUAUUAAAUUGUUAUUAUUGAUAAAAAUUAUUAUAUUUUCUAUUUUAUUUCAUAUUUUCCUGCUAGGACUGCAUCCAUUCACUAUUGUAAUGUUCAAACAGGCUACUCUAGUGUUCUUUUCAAUGGCGUGAAGACAACCACUUCUUUUAGCUGAAUAUGAAGAGAUACCUUGCCGAGCAAUGGCAACUUUUUUCUGUGUCAGUAGCUCAUUCAGCCUGUGUGUAUUUAUUGAUUUAACCCUCUGCACGCUAGAACGUCCGAAAUGCACAAUUCAUGUACUUUCAUUUUUAAAUAUCAAUAAAAAAACAUUUUAUCAAACAUA